GGAUAUUGGAAGUUGUGAGCACAUAUUCUGAAGAUAUCCACAAUUGUUUCGAGACAGCGUCCCUGCACCUUCAACAGCUUCGCCGAGAUCACGUGACGGCCAAGCACGGCAUGCCGGGAAUAGUUUUUGGAAAAGGAGUCGGGGAAGUCGCGGAUUGGUGUAUUGGUUGACGAAGUAGGUGUUCUAUUGGUUAGAAUUAUUCCGGGUUGUACGGUGUUGUGUUUUGUGUUGAUUCUGUAUCUAGGUUUUACGGCCAUAUGAUAACACUUCCUAUAAUACAUAGAAGGCAGCGGAUAUAGAAGAUAAUGGUUCCCCUUGGACCAUCCCAACCUCAUCCCCAGCAAAGCGCAAACAACAAUUCGACCACCCCAAAUGCACUUAACACAUCUGGUGGAAGUUCUACGAAGUCCAGUUCGACUUUGAAACCUAAUUAUACAUUAAAAUUCACCCUUGCUGGUCAUACUAAGGCAGUUUCAUCUGUAAAAUUCAGCCCUAAUGGAGAAUGGCUUGCCAGUUCUUCUGCUGACAAAUUAAUUAAAAUUUGGGGUGCAUAUGAUGGAAAGUUUGAGAAAACCAUUUCGGGACAUAAAUUAGGAAUAUCGGAUGUUGCUUGGUCAAGUGAUAGUCGGCUUCUUGUGAGCGCAUCAGAUGAUAAGACUUUGAAGAUAUGGGAAUUGAGUUCGGCAAAGUGUUUGAAAACCUUGAAAGGUCACAGUAAUUAUGUUUUUUGCUGCAAUUUCAACCCUCAAUCUAAUUUGAUCGUAUCAGGUUCAUUUGAUGAAAGUGUUCGAAUAUGGGAUGUUAGAACAGGCAAAUGUUUAAAAACUCUACCAGCUCAUUCUGAUCCUGUGAGUGCUGUACAUUUUAAUAGAGAUGGGUCUCUGAUUGUCUCUAGUAGUUAUGAUGGAUUAUGUCGUAUAUGGGACAGCGCAUCAGGACAAUGUUUAAAAACGCUAAUAGAUGAUGAUAAUCCUCCUGUAUCAUUUGUGAAGUUCUCUCCUAAUGGAAAAUAUAUAUUGGCUGCAACUUUAGACAACACAUUGAAACUUUGGGACUACAGCAAAUGCAAAUGUCUGAAAACUUAUACAGGACAUCGAAAUGAAAAGUAUUGCAUAUUUGCCAAUUUUUCAGUGACAGGGGGUAAGUGGAUAGUUUCAGGAUCAGAAGACAAUAUGGUGUACAUAUGGAAUUUGCAGACAAAAGAAAUAGUUCAGAAACUUCAAGGACACACAGAUGUUGUUUUGUGUACAACAUGUCAUCCAACUGAAAACAUAAUAGCAUCUGCAGCCUUGGAAAACGACAAGACUAUUAAAUUGUGGAAAAGUGAUACAUAAAUGUAAUUUGUGUUAGUUGGAAUACAGAUCGUGAAUCAUUUCUGAUGUUUUAUAUACUGUACAGUAUCUUCAGUCCUAGCUUAUGUUCGACUUCUACCAUUUGGUUCCUUACGUUCUUACCGUUGGCCUACAAGUGAAGCAAGCAUUGUAAAUCGUGUGUCUUGAAAAGGAAGUGAAUUUAUCAGUGUGUUGUUAUUUUAAGCAUUUCUGUAGAACCUUACACAAGUAAUGGAAUCUUUCAUUUGUUUAAAAUAUGUGUAUAUUAUGUGCAAAUUUAAGCUUAUCAGAAAAAGUAUUUUUAAAACUAAAUUGUUGUAUGUAAGCAUAUAGACUUUUUUAUAUAAAUAAAAUUGGAACUGCCAAUUCUUACAGUGAAGCAAAUAGUACUGUUCUUUUGUUUUGGUUUCGCAAUUCCAAAAGUCCAUAAACUUUUCUACUACCAGUGUCUUACAUAUUUUUAUUAUUGGCUGUAUUUUUAGAUGUUGGGAACUAGUUGGAAAAAAUAUGUUAUGUUUUUGUCCUUAAGAAUGUCCUCGAGUGUUCCUAUUUUAUUUUUAAUAAAUAAUUAAUUUAAAGCUGGAGAUUUCCAGGUAUUGUGCCAAGUAUCAUAUAGGUAGUUUUACUUAAAUUGUUUUAAAUUUUCAUGCAACCGCAACCAAGAUACUUGGACAACUAAAUGCCUCCAUCUACUAGCCUAUAUGAUUUCAAUAUGUUUCGCUUUUGUGAUAUCUUCCAGAUUUAUGUACAUUAUACUUUAUUCAACACAUAUUUUCUACCAUUUUGGCCAUUGUAUCAGUUAGCUUAUUAUUAAAGAUGAGCCUCAAUAUUCUAGAGAAUUUG